CGCCUCAACUCUCUUAGUUUAAUUUAACAAUCAAGACCACAGUCUGUUUACCCGUUGCCAUGGUUAUGGACAUCCCUGUCCAGAUGGUUCCAGUGAUACCUCGAUCAACAAUUUUAAAGAUUAUAAACUUAUAUUGAGAACUGUUCUGACUAGAGCGCUCCCAGUGCUCCCAGUGCCCCCAGUGCCAUGGACCGCUACCAGGUCGUGCGCCAGAUCGGACACGGCGCAUUUGGGAAAGCGCUCCUGGCCAAAGAGAGGAACGGGUCUGAGCGCCACUGCGUCGUGAAGCAAAUCAGCCUGAGUCGGGUGUCCCCUUGGGAAAGAGAAGCACCCUUAAAGGAAGUGACUCUGCUGUCCAAAAUGAAACAUCCAAACAUUGUUGCUUUCUUUGGGUCAUUUCAUGAGGGAACAAAUCUUUACAUAGUAAUGGAGUUUUGUGAUGGUGGGGAUCUCAUGAAGAGAAUCACGAUGCAAAGGGGACAGCCAUUCAAAGAAGAGCAGAUAGUAGACUGGUUUGUUCAGAUAUGUCUGGGGCUUAAACACAUCCAUGACAGAAAGGUUUUGCACAGAGACAUCAAAGCCCAGAACAUCUUCCUCACCUACGGAGGCCUGAAAGUGAAACUGGGUGACUUUGGCAUCGCAAGAAUGUUGAACAACACUGUGGAGUUGGCGAGGACAUGUGUGGGGACACCCUACUACCUCUCUCCCGAGAUUUGUGAGAACAGACCCUACAAUAACAAAACGGAUAUCUGGUCACUGGGUUGUGUUCUGUAUGAACUCUGCACACUCAAACAUCCGUUUGAAGGCAGCAGUCUGAGGCAGCUCAUAGUGAGGAUCUGUAGGGGACGCUAUGUUCCUGUGUCACAGCUCUAUAGUGCUGAGCUCAGGCUGCUGCUCUCCCAGCUGUUUAAGGUCAGCCCCCGUGACCGGCCCUCCGUGAACUCACUGCUCAAACGUUCACUCCUGCACACACAUAUCAGCAAGCACCUGGACCCUCAGUUGAUGGAAGAGGAGUUUAGUCACACAGUUCUACACAGAGACAGACCUGUAGUACAGCCAGGCCCCAAACACAGCACAGUUUCCAAAGUCAGACCGAGGCCUAGUCCAGCAAUGAAGUUUGGGCCUCCAGUGGGCAAGCCUUCCCCCAGACCUGCGUGGAGAUGUGCAGCAUGUCUACCUCCCAGUCCUCGCUGUAAAUCUGUGCGAGGCCAUGCAGCAGAAGUCUGUGGGGGAAGAGCGCACCUGGGAAAAGGCCCCAGCCACUCAGCACCCAAACAAAACGCUCAGCUGCAGCAGUAUGGGCAGUAUUAUGCUCAACUCGAUCAAAUUCAGUGCCUGCCAAAUCUUCGUCACCCUCCUCUUCCUCUGCCUCUUGCAGUGCAGGAGCCAGCUGAUUGCUACAAGGACAGGCCUAAAGCUCUGGGACCGUACCAGCUUGUGGCAGCAGCCCGGGAAGAAUACCUUCGGAGGAGACAGGAAGCCAAUCAGUACAAAAUCAGAGCUGAAAAACAGCUGGGUGUAAGGCCAAGCACAGCCGAUGGUGAAAGGUACAGGUGCCCUCGUCAACCACAGCACUGUGAGGAGAGAGCCACUCCACCUCAGACACAUGACAAAGUACAGGGGAAACAGGAGUAUCUGAGGCAAUUGCAACAAAUCAGGCAGAGUUAUCAGGAUGAAGUCAAAGUGUUGAAACUGAGAGGCGAUGCUGAGGCAAAACAAGCACCCAUAUACUUGGGGGACUGGCAUGAAGAGAAACACACACAUGCACUGAAGGAAGAGCAGAAGUUCACAGAUGGAAAUGAAGCUCUGGUGCAGGCCCUAGUGCAGAACCAGAGGGAGAAGAGAGAGCUACAGAAAAAGCACCAAGACCAGAAAGGAGUAAAGUUUGAGAUCCAGUGGCAGGAUGAUGGGGCAUGGAGGGACAGAGAGAAAGCUCAGCAGAAAGCACAGCAGAAAACAGCUGAAGCCAAAGACGAAGAGGAGGACCUACUAAAUCAAACUCUUCGAUUUGAUGGGGGACAUGAACUAAGAAUCUGGAACUGUCCUGCAAAGGAGAGCCAGCCUGAGGAGAGCAUUCAGGAAGCAGGAAAUGAGGGAAUAAGAGAAGAAAGAGAGGAGAGAGAGGGUCUGAAAAGAGGAGUGUGGAGCCCAGAGACUCCUCACACGCUCCUGAACAUUCUGGCCAAAAUGGAGGUCUCAUCCGUCUGCCCAACCACAUAUUCAUCUCUAGUGGGUGGCACUGCUCAGCAGGAAGGAAGGGAGCAAAGUCCAGAGGGGCGGAGACAAUGGAGGAACCUCCCCCCUGAUACUCUCCUUAAUGAUCUGGCUAUGGCACACCUCACCUGCUCUACACUUGCAACAGCAGUGUCAUCAGAUGAAGAGACAAAAGAGGAGGCCAAAGAGGGAAAAAUAGACUCUACUGAUGAAAAAGAUGAAGAAGACUCUGACGUAGAGGUGGACGAGGAGCGCCUGGGUCCCCGAUCGGAUGAGGACGACACGAACUUUGAAGAGUCGGAGGAUGAACUGAGAGAGGAAGUGGCAGAUUCCAUGAGGAACCUCUUCAUUAUGGACGAGGAUGAGGAGGGGCAAAGCACUGCAGAUGGGGUACCCAGCAUAAAUCCAGAAGAGAAGGGCAGCACAGCUACCUUUAUACAAGGGGCCCUGGCACAGGGCCUCACCCAGGCAUCAGAGCCCCAGGCUGGGCAGGAAGCAGCAGUGGGGCCCCUGGAUACAGAGGAGAUCCAUAACAUGGAGACAACAGAAUAACAAUACCAUGAGUAGUAAUGCUCAAAUUUACUGCUGCAAACGCAUGAAAAGAGUGCACAAACUAGAAUAUUUACACUGAUUAACACAAGGGACCAGAAUGAUAACAGGGUAUUUUACACAAGGGAAUAAAAUGACACAAACAUGCCACCUACAUACCAGUAUCAGAAGUGCAUGAGGGUAUUUUUCCUGGAAAUACACCAGAGGUACUGGAGGACAUUUUCACCCAAACCCAUGAUGACUGCUAAAACCCAACUCAGUUAUUGUACUUGGAGAUUGAUACUCGAUAAAAAUCUAUAUACUGGAUAAGAGAAUCCAGUUGAGUGGAACUGUUUGCUUCAGUGGUUAAUUAUAUGUAACUUUUGAAGUAGAGGACUAAAUUCGAUUGCUCCUAUUAUACUAAUAUAUUGUAUCUGCAGAUAU